AUGAAGUCAUUAAGGAAAAAGAAUACUCCUUUGGAUGAUAUGUAUAGUAAAAUAACAGAAAAUGCAGAUUUAAUGGAUGAUUUACAAAAGAAUUUAGAGAAACAACAACAACAUUUCUUUACAACAUCACUUCAUUCAAAACUUAUUGCUGAAUCCCUCAAAAAAUAUUCAGAUACUACUUCAACUUAUAAUACUAGAAUCCCUCUAAGUGAUUGUAUGCAAAGAGCAUCAGAAUGGCAAGCAAUUGUAGGUGAUGUAUUUAGUCAUCUUGGAAAUGUAUUAUAUGAUAGAACAACUCAACCAUUAAAAGAAACGGUUAGAAUUCAAUUGGAAAUGGCAAAGGAUGGAAAAAAGAGAGUUAAAAAGGCUGGUGGAGAGACAUCGACAGAUUCUAAAUCUUCUUUUUCAUCUUCUUCAUCGUCAUCAUCAUCAUCAUUUUCAUCUGGACGUCCAAAUGAAUUUAAAAAGGAACAAGAAAGUUUUGAAAAGGUUUCAAAAGAAACUUUACAACUAUACAAUGAUUCUGAAUUUGCAUUGGAAAAUUCAGCUGUACAAACAGUUCUCUCUGCCUAUGAAGCAUACUAUGAUUUCUUUCAAAAAGGUGCUUUUCAAAUGGCAAGAAUUAAAGCAGAUAUUGAUAAUUAUAGAAAAAUCAUUCUUGAAACUAAUAAAGUAGCAGCUAAAUUAAGAAAUUAUAUCCCAAGAAAAACAUUUGGAAUUAAAUUGGAGGAAGUGUUUGCAAGAGAGGCACAUAGACCCAUUCCAAUGUUUUUAGAGGAGAUAUUUAAAUAUUUGGAAAAGGUGUCACCAACAGUCGAGGGUAUAUUUCGUGUUAGUGCUGGUAAAUCUGCUAUCGAUGCUCUUCAACAAAAGAUUGAAACAAAUCAACCUUUGGAACUACAAAAUAUUCCAGACCCUCAUGCAGUUUCAAGUGUACUCAAAUCAUUCUUUCGUUCUCUACCCGAACCUCUCAUUUAUCAUUCAAAUUAUCAAAAAUAUCUUUCUCUUUCAAGUCAAGAACAAAAUAAACAUAUUCCAGAAUUGAAAAGAUUGAUUUCAUCAUUACCAGUUAGUAAUCAAGUUGUAUUAAGAAAUGUAUUGGCACUUUGUAGUUUAAUCAAACAACACAAAGAGGUUACAAAGAUGGAUUCAAACAAUCUAGCAGUGGUGAUUGGACCAAAUAUCAUGGAGUCAAUCCCUGGUUUAAAGGCAGAGGAUAUCCAAAAAGCAGAGACAUUUGCCGAAUUUAAUUCAUUGUUUAUUUUACUCAUUGAAAACUACCAAUUCAUCUUUCCAUCUCAAAGUGGUGUUGACUUUGCUAGAAAUCGUUCUCAAACUGAACCAAAUAUCCUCCCCAACAACAACAACAACAACCUUUCAACUGGUGGUACUGGUCAUAGUUCUCCUUCUUCUUCAUCGGGUCCACAUGUAAAAGAAAAGCCAUUACCUCCACCACCCAUCCCUACACCCAUCCCCACACCAGUCGUCACCACCGCUACCACCACCACCACCACCACGACUACAGUCUCUUCAUCACCUUCAUCUAAACUUCCAACACCUCAACCAAAUGAAUUAUCUCUUUCCUCUAUUUCUCUAUCUGACCCCAACGACAUUCAAGAAACAAAAGAUUUGGAUGGUGGUCCCCAAGAGAAUAACAAUAACAAUAACAAUAACAAUAACAAUAACAAUAACAAUAACAAUAACAAUAUCAACAAUGAACCGAUCAAGGAACCAUCAACACAACCACCAACCUCACCUCCUCUUCCACCAACAGGGUCAUUGUCACCUCUUGCAUUUGACCAACAACGAAAAAAGAGUGUAUCAAUUGUAAUGGAGAGAGGAGACUUGCUCAAGCCUAUUGACAUGGAGAUACAUUUUAUUACCAUUCAUUCAAGUCUUGAAAAGUUAAAAAACAUUGUAGUGGAGAACAAGUCAACAGAAUUUGGAAUAGAACUCAUUAAAUCAUUCAAAAAGAUAUCAGAGAUUUCAGUUUCCAUACAAAAGAUUACAAAGUUUACCUUUAAUCGAGACAAGCCAGUUGUUGCCGUCGAGGAUGACAAGAUCACCAAGGUUCAAAAGACACUCGUUUAUACCUAUGAAAAUAAUGUCGACCUCCUUUUAGAUGCCAAGCGACUGUACGAAUCGUCAGAGGAUAACAUUGAAUUGUCAAAAGAAAUUGAAGACGCCAUUUCAACUAUGGAUAGGGUUUUGGUUGAAGAGCUCACUUCCCUUCAAAAUAAACAUUAA